CUGAGUCCCGAGCAACGACAGCGGGCCACUCGUGUAUUUAUCGCGGUCAUCGAAGCGUGCGAACCUCGGCAAAAUCACGAGCCGUACAAGCAGGUCACCCUCGUCCGACUUACCUACCCAUAUGCGCGUUCAGAGGUGUCAAGAGGCAGCUGUCUCCAGUUUUUCGUCCAGCACACACAGAAUCCGACCGAGGCCCCGGAGGGGAAUUCGAUCCCGGCCCUCGACUAUGGACCGCGAUUGAUCGGGUUUUGCAGAGACACUAUUUGAGUACUUCUUUCUACCUCUGAAAGCCUCGACGAGAAAAACUCCUCAACCUUCCCCUGCCGCCGUUUCCGAACUCCAAAGCGCACAAGUC